UGUCUGCAUAUAUAAGAGUAGUGAAAUUGCUUAAAUUUCAGUUUACGAUAAAAUCUUCAAGAUUGUCUUCUAUUAUUUUUAUUCUACCUCCAUUCGGCUUGUAAAAAAUGAAGCUAAUGGGUGCUCUGCUCUUGACCUUCGUGGUUUCCCUUUAUUGUAUAGAAUUAGUUUUCUCAGUCAAACGUCCUCGGAAUUUUGAAAUUGAUUUGAAUAAACCUGCACCAGAGAGUGUUCGUGAGUUGCAUCGACAAAGUCCACAAUUCGAUGCAAAUAUUUCACCAAAUUUCCAACUUAAUCGCCUCUAUCUUCAGUAUCAUCAAAAUCUUCAAAAUCAUGAGAAUCAUCAACAUCCUGUUAGUUCUCCAAUUAAAGAAUACCCUGAGGAGUCAGUAGCCAGCAAUUCAUAUCCUGCCCCUAUUCGUGAACAUCGCCUGUAUAAACCAAGAGCAGUGAAACUAUAUCCAGGAUACAAAUCCCCUAUUGCAAGCAGACCCUCAAGUUUUCAAAGAGUGCAAAGUGGAAGCGAACGUAAACAAAAUAUUUAUUAGAAAUAAACACGAGAAACUCGUGAUAAAAACAUUUGUAUUUUGUUUCCUAUCGUAAAUUGUAUAAUAUUUUAUAUAAU